AUGAAAAAUCUUACACAGGCAGAAUUGCACAAUGUUAAAAAGAUUCGUAAAGAUUUAAAGGCCAUGUUACCGAUGAUACCAUUUUCUGAAGUUAAACGUUAUACUCCUUACAGAUUUCAUUUAAAACACAAUGAAGCAGUUAUCGAUGAACUUAAGGAAGAAGGUUUGGAAGAAGCAGCUGAUUUUAUUAAAAAAUUAAUUGAUUUCAAUGAAGAAAAAAGAAAUAUUGCUGGCCCUGGUACAUCGAUCUGGACAAAGCCGCGAUUGAUGGAUCAACGAGAUCUAUUAAAUAAUCUUAAAGAAGCUUUAAUAGCAAUUGAAAAUGCUAAGAAAAUGGAACAGUGGACUGAAGCAUCCAAUUUUUGGAUUAAAAUAUCAUUAUUUUUUCAAUCGCAAGGUCCAGAUUGGUGGUGGGUAACAAAAACACUUUAUCAAAAUGCCUUGAAAGCAGCUGAGUCUGUUAAAGAGGAUAAGGGAUACAAUAUUACUGUGGCACGAUAUCUUUAUGGAAGAUUUCUUUUCAUGAUAGGUUACUAUGGAAUAUUCUAUUUGUUAAACGAUAAUAAAAAAGAAAUCAUCAUUAAAAUUUCACUGGCUAUUUUUGUAACGAUAGAAGCUGAAUGGCUCAAAGCGCUCGAGUAUUUGGAUAUCGCGCGAGAAGCUUCAGAAGAAAAGAUAUGGAAAGUUACUUAUACUUUAGACGAGAAACAAAAAACUAUUUUUAAAGAAUCUUGCGCUCUUAUAUAUAAAAUACUUAUUGGUCUUGUUCAAAGAAUUGACGAAGAAGAUUCGGAGUUUGCUAUACAAGCUUGCAAUGAAGCUUUAGAAAGAGCCAAAGAUAUUUCUAAUAAAAAUAAUUAUUUUAUACAAAGUCUUAUAUAUUUCAAGCUAGCUGGUAAUUAUGAUUACAUAGCUAAUGCAUUAUAUGAGUUAGGAAGGGCACAUUUACGUUAUGGCUAUGUGAAAGAAGCUUUGCAAGAAUUUUCUAAAUUACUUGCGAUAGUUAAAAGAAUACCAGAUCCAAAAGGAAUUUGUAAUGCACACAUGGAAUUAGCCUUUGCUUAUAAGGAAAUUGAUGAUACUGAAAAUACAGAAAAACAUCUACAAUUAUUUAGAAAGAAUGCUACCCAAUUUAAUUUACCAUAUAAACUUGCACAAGCGCAUUAUUAUACUGGCGAAUAUUUAUUAAAUCAGAUGAAACCAAAUUUGGCAACGUCACAUUUGGAAAAAGCAUUUAGUUUAUAUUAUGACCUUGGAUAUAUUGAGGAAGCAGAUCAAGCAAGAUUUAUCACUGGAAUAUCGAGGGGACAAGAGCAAAUCAAUCGAUUUAUAAAUCUGAUAUUAGAAUGUGGAGAACAUAAUCAAUAUGCUUUGUUAAAAAUGUGUAAUUGGAAAAGCAACAGAGAUAUUUUUUGGACCGAUAAGCAACGCGAUAUUGAUACAGAUUAUCCUCAUGAAUAUUGUGAAUAUUUUACAUAUCCAGUUCCGUCAAUUUUAAAUAAUUCGACAAAAGAAAAUUUAGAAAGUCAAUAG